UUCAGCACUGCAUUCUGGGUAAACUGUCUCAAAAAUUUGAAGAGCGCAUGCGUGGGCCAACUUCUUCCUUUUACCUCGUUGCGCUGCUGAGAGCAAGAUGGGUCAUCAGCAGCUGUACUGGAGCCACCCGCGUAAAUUCGGCCAGGGUUCUCGCUCUUGUCGCGUCUGUUCAAACCGGCACGGUCUGAUCCGGAAAUACGGCCUCAAUAUGUGCCGCCAGUGUUUCCGUCAGUACGCGAAGGAUAUUGGUUUCAUUAAGAAAGACCUGAGCUGUCUUCCUUGGCACUGCCUAUGGAGGUGACACCCAUCUCCUCCAUCAUGGCCAUCCUGAGACCGCUCGUGAAGCCCAAGAUCAUCAAAAAGAGCACCAAGAAGUUCACUGGGCACCAGUCAGACUGAUAUGUCAAAAUUAAGUGUAACUGGUGGAAACACAGAGGUAUUGACAACAGGGUUCAUAGAAGGUUCGAGGGCCAGAUCUAUGCCCAACAUUGGUUAUGGGAGAAACAAAAAGACAAAGCACAUACUGCCCAGUGGCUUCUGGAAGUUCCUGGUCCACAAUGUUAAGGAGCUGGAAGUACUGCUGGUGUGCAACAAAUCUUACUGUGUUGAGAUCAUUCACGAUGUUUCCUCCAAGAACUGCAAAGCCAUCUUGGAAAGAGCAGCCCAGGUGGUCAUCAGAGUCACCAAUGCCAAUGCCAGCCUGCACAGUGCAGAAAGUGAAUAGACAGUGAAUGUGUUUGUUUUAUUGGGGUUUAAAUAAAACCAAUAAAACUGUAAAAACCAAAACAACAAAAACCAGAGACCCUGGCUUUUGGACAGUUGUUCGUGUGGCUAAUGCCCCCAACAGUUUUAUUUGUUAAAAUUUUCUUUAUGUAUUGUUUUUGAGAUGAAGUCUUGCUCUGACUGGAGUGCAGUGAUGCAAGCUCAGCUCACUGCAACCUCCACCUUCCAGGUUCAAGUGAUUCUCCUGUCUCAGCCUCCCAAGUGGCUGGGAUUACAGGUGCCCACUACCACACCUGGCUAAUUUUUGUAUUUUUGUGGAGAUGGGGUUUCAUCCUGUUGGCCAGGCUGGUCUCGAACUCCUGACCUCAAGGGAUCCUUCCACCUCAGCUUCCCAAAGUGCUGGGAUCACAGGCAUGCAUUAGUUCAUUUUCACACUGCUGAUAAAGACAUACCCAAGACUGGCAAGAAAAAUAGGUUUAUUGGACUCACAGUUCCAUGUGGCUGGGGAUGCCUCACAAUUAUGGUGGAAGGCAAAAGGCACUUCUUAGAUGGCAGCGGCAAGUGAGAAAUGAGGAAGACAUGAAAGCAGAAAUCCCUUAUAAAACCAUCAGUUCUCGUGAUACUUAUUCACUACCACGAGAAAGUAUGGGGGAAACUGCUCUCAUGAUUCAGUUAUCUCCCACCAGGUCCCUGUCACAACAUGUGGGGAUUAUGGGAGUACAAUUCAAGAUGAAAUUUGGGUGGGGACACAGAGCCCACAAACCAUAAUCAAGGCAUGAGCCUCUGCGCCUGGCCUUCAACAGUUUUAAAGCAGCCUGCUUGCAUAACCUCUGCUAGGACAUCGUUCUUAAAAACUAUCUUUAAUGGUAAUUGGUGUAUUAGGGAUUUGGGUUUUUAGGUAGGCAGAGAAAAAGCACUUCUAGUGGUAUGAUUAAGAAGCGUAUAAUAAAGUGUUUUAAUUUCCUCGAUAUCGACAAAAAUUGAAAAAAAGAGGCCAGGCACAGUGGCUCAUGCCUGUAAUCCUAGCCUUUCGGGAGGCUGAGGCAGGAGGAUCAUUUGAUGCCAGGAGUUCCAGACCAGCCUGGGCAACAUCAGGAGAUCCCCUAUCUACCAAAAUUAAACAAACAAAAAAGCCCAAAAACAAUUAGCCAGGCAUGGUGGUGCAUGUCUGUAGUCUCAGUUUCUCAGGAGGCUGAGAUGAGAGGAUAACUUGAGCCCAAGUCAUGUUUGUACCACUUAAAAAAAAAAUGACUGCACUAUUAGCUGGAAGGUUAAUGUAGAACAUAAAAGAUCUAUCUCAUAAAACUAUCUCAGUUUGUAGAUAGACUGAGUAUAUGUGUGUGUAGGAAUCAAGGCUAUACAGGGUCCAAAAAUAAGCCUAGAUUAUGUGUGCUAGUUCCAGGUAUCUUCUAUCUUUUAGAAUUUUAAAAGAAUAGAGGCAGAAAGUCACAAGCUUAAUCUGGAUGAGGUAAUUAUCAUUUAAUGUCUUGAACAUAAAGUCAUUUGCUAAAUUAGAAUUUAUUUUUAUUUUUUUGGACAUGGCCUUGCUCUGUCACCCAGACUGGAGUUCAGUGGCACAAACAUGGCUUAUUGCAACCUCAACCUCCUGGGCUCAAGUAAUCCUCCUACCUCAGACCCCAAGUAGCUAGGACCAUAAGUGUGCACCACAAUGCCCAGCUAAUUUUUAUAAAAUUUUUCGUGGAGAUGGAAGUCUCACCAUGUUUCACAGGCUGAUCUGGAACUCCUGGGCUCAUGCAAUCCUCCCUCCCUGGCCUCCCAAAGUGUUGGGAUCACAGGGGUGAGCCACUGUGCUCAGCCAGAAAAUAAUUUAGAGAAGCCAGAACUGGCUUCCUUUGGUGAAAAUUCUUUGAGCAGAUUCCAGACUGGACCUUCUGACUGCUAUAAACAAAUGGUGGAUUCCCAUUAUUUGUUUAUGGGACAGAAAUAUUGAAGGCCUGUAGAACCAUAAUGCCUUCCCCUUCCUUCUGUCACUCACCCACUUCAUUGCUCCUAUUAGGCCCCUUAGAAAGAGAUCCCUGAUGUCAGGCACAGUGGCUUAUGCCUGUAAUCCUAGCAGUUUGGGAGGCUGAAGGGGAUGGAUCACCUGAGGUCAGGAGUUCAAGACCAGCAAACACAGUGAAACCCCAUCUUUACUAAAAAUACAAAAAAAUUAUCCAGGCAUGGUGGUGGGUGCCUGUAAUCCCAGCUACUCGGGAGGCUGAGGCAGGAGAAUGGCAUGAACCCGGGAGGUGGAGCUUGCAGUGAGUGGAGAUCAGGCUGCUGCACUCCAGCCUGGGCGACAGAGCGAGACUCCGUCUCAAAAAAAAAAAAAAAAAAAAAGAAAGAGAAAGAGAUCUCUGACUGCCUGUAUAGUUUGAGAACCACUGAUCCUGGGGCAAGGAUUCAAAGUCUCUGGCUCUAGAAGUGGCUGGUGUGGACCUCAAGAGGACCCUGUUCCAAGAGUCCAAAGGACACAUUUCAGGAAGCUGUGCUCUAAGCCUAAAUGACCAACCUUGGCUUCACUUUGGACAUAUUCCAUCUGGUCAUCUUCCUCGAUUUCUGUUCUUUGCUCAGGCCUUCCAAUUUCUUCGUGGAUGACUCCUUCUUACCAGUGCUUUGUUCCGAGUCAGCUCACCAGACCCAGCAGGCUGCCACUAAAGGUUUAUUGUAAAACCUUGAUUAAUUCACAUAACCUUGAAAUACUUACAUAACAUCACUGACAAAUAGGAAAGGGAGUGCAUUUCCAUUGAUAGAUACUAUGGCUAGAGUUACUAAGCUCUGGAAAAAAGGCAGGAGAGUGAAGUAUCUGGAGACGCAGAGAGAGAAAGAGACUGGUGUUAAGAGAAAAAUCACGCCUUUUUCCUGCUUGUAUCUUACAGUGGUUCUGCCACCAGUAAUGCAGGAUCCCACUGAUCUCUCUGAACACAUUUUAGGACAGGUCCAUAUUCGGGAGCUCACUUCGUAACUUCUUACUGUAUAUAAUCUAGGUUCGAAUGGGAUCACCAUAGGUGUAUUUAUGACCUUAACUGUAACAGCAAUGAAAUACAAAAAAUGGUUUAGUUUAAUAAUAACAUUGUAAGAGUGUAAGUACCAGUAGCUUCAUGUACAUUGUACAACCCAAUAAUAAUUAUGCUGAC